AUAAUUUCAUUUGCGGACCCCCCCCCCCCCCCCCCAAUACGGCUACGCCUCUUGACAUGGCCGAGAAAAACUGGCCGAUUUAUUAAGUGGAACAAGCCUUUCAAGGGGGGUGACUGAUACGAGUGCAAGCUGACGUUGAACUAGUUUUAACUUUAAGUGUACCGGUAUACAGUGUCAGACAGUAGUUAGGAAGCCCGCAGAGACAAAUAUUGCUGAGAUACUUUUAUACCACUUUCUAUUUUAACAAUAUAAACUCCAGUGUCGGUAUGGAUUUAACAGAAUUAGAAAAUGUAGAAUUUGGCUCAGCUAUCAGAGAGAAAGAAUUUUUACUUCGUGAGAAGUCUGUUCACUUAAAUAAUGGUUCAUAUGGAACAGUUCCCAGGAGAGUUUUUGACAGACGGAUAAAAUACUGCCUUGAGCUUGAAAGUCAUCCCGAUAAUUGGUUUAGAAACAACUUGCGUAAAUAUUGGCUGGAAUCAAAGGAAGCAAUUUGUAAAUUUGUAAAUGUAAAAGAUACUGACUGUUUGGUCUUUGUUCCAAAUGCUACAACAGGGAUCAACAGUGUACUGAAAAGUUUAAAGUAUGAAAACGAGAUAAUUCUAGGUACUAAUGAAACCUAUCAAGCUGUUCAAAAUACCAUCAAAUUUAUAGGUGAUACUGUUCCUGGAGCAGUACCACAGUUUAUAGAUAUCCAGCUUCCAAUUACCUCUAAGCAACAAAUUGUGGAUCUUUAUGAAGAUUUCCUACAGAAAAAUAAAAAUGUUAAAAUAGCUGUCAUUGAUGCAAUUACUAGUCCCAGUUCUAUUUUAUUACCAAUGAAAGAAAUUAUAAAUGUCUGUAGAAAACAUGGUGUUUUGUCCCUGAUUGAUGGAGCACAUGCGCCUGGACAAAUUCCACUUGACUUGGAUGAGCUAGGUGCUGACUUCUUUGUAGGAAAUUUACACAAGUGGUUAUUUGCACCAAGAGGAUGUGCAAUAUUAUAUUCAGCUAAAGAACAUAUAUCCAGGCUACAUUCCUUAUCAACCUCUUGGAAUUUAAACAAAGGAUUUGAUCUUGAGUUUCGGGAUAAUGGAACACGCGACCACUCCCCAUUUACCUGUGCGGCUUCAGCUGUACAAUUCUACCAACAGAUUGGUGGUAUGUCCCAAAUCAGUAAAUACAAUCGUGAGUUGGUACGUGAAGGAAGGGAAUAUUUGUUAAAACUGUGGGGAGCUGAGAGACAAGCUAUACCUGAAGAUAUGGAGUCACCAUUCUUAUUAAAUAUAAAACUACCACCUCUUAAAGAUUACAUUAUAUCUGAUGCUUCGACUAUGAAGUUAGCAUUGGAUAUUUUGGAAAAAUAUGACAUUAUGUCUAUAUUUAUCAGUUACCAAGGCAACAAUUAUUGCCGUUUGAGUUGUCAAGUUUACAACACUAUGGAUGACUACAAAAAACUUGGAGAAGCUGUGAAAGAUAUGAUCAAAACAUAAUCUAGUUAAAAAUACAGAAAGAAUAUCUAAUUUGUAACAUGGAAUACAAAUUUAUAACGUAAAACUUUUUGUGAUAUUUAUUUCAGAAAUCAGCAUUACAAUUAAAAUUGGAUAUUUUGGCAAAGCAUGAUGUCAUGUCUUACUUUAGCAGUUACCAAGGCAACAUUUAUUGUCGUUUGAGUUGUCAAGUUUACAACAUUAUGGAUGACUACAUAAAAUUUGGAGAUG